AUGGCUCCGUACGAAGCUUUGUAUGAGCAUAAGUGCAGAUCUUCUAUCGGGUGGUUUGAUGUUGGAGAAUCUGGGUUACAUGGGCUAGACCUUGUUCAACAUGCCAUAGAGAAAGUAAAGCUUAUCCGAGAGCGACUGUUGACAGCCCAGAGUCGUCAGAAGUCAUAUUCUGACAUGCGGCGACAAGACGUAGAGUUCGGGGUUAAUGACUGGAGAGUGGGCCAAGUAGCAUAUGAGUUAGAAUUACCCUCAGAAUUGGAGUCUGUCCAUCCGAUUUUUCACGUAUCUAUGCUACGAAAGUGCAUUGGAGAUCCUACCCAAGUGGUGCCCACGGAUGAUGUACAGAUUACGAAGGACUUGUCAUACGAGGAAAUUGUGAUUGCCAUCCUAGACCAACAAAUCCACAAGCUACGGAAUAAGGAGGUAGCCUCUGUGAAGGUUUUAUGGAGAAGCAAGAAUGUGGAAGAGAUGACAUGGGAAGCAGAGGAAGAAAUGAAGUCUAAAUACCCCCACCUAUUUCAAAACGAAGAUAUGGCCCGAGGUGGGAUACCUCAGCACAACUCUAUUCGGGCCAGUAGGUCAUCAGCAAUGGAUGUUCAUGUAGAAGAUGAUGUUGAUGGAAGGAUUGAACUGGAGGCAAGGUAUAUUCCUGCAGAAGAUUAUGUUGGAUGGAUGGUUAAGAUGAAUGAAAUGAAUCUGAAUAAGCGGAUUAAGGUCUUGUGCGUCGUUGUCGGAUCGUGCCAGCUUGGGUGA